CGAGACUUCCGCCCCACUAUUAGCUUGGGCGCGCCGCGCGCUCAGCCUUUCCUCCCGCGCGGCUGCGGAGGCUGGUUGCUGUUUGCUUUUCGGAGGGCUGUGGUCUGUAGGUUGUUGUCGGCAGCAGGAGCCUGUGUCGAGCCGGCGCAGGGAAACUACACCACAUUUACCAGAUUUUCACGGUCAGAAAUCUAUUGAAAGCAAAAGAUAAUUUGAGAGGGACUUGGAUCAAGAAUGGAUUCUCUUAACUAUGCAACGGCAUUUGAUUCAGCUGUGGAAACUGAGAAUCAAAGUGACAACUCUUCCUCUGGUAGCAGCUUAUUUAAAACUCAGUAUGUUCCUGUUCCACCUAAACAGAAGCAAAGAAACACUAUUAGAAAAUUCGUUCACAUACCCAAAAGUACUCAAGCAACAGAGUCAUCUAGUGACUCAUCCAUAGAGCCAAUACCACUGACUUUAAAGGCUAUUUUUGAAAGAUUCAAAAAUAAGAAAUGGAAACGGAAAAAGAAGAAAUACAAGCCAACGGGAAGAUCAGCAGGAAGACCAAAAGGAAGGAGAACCAGGAAAUUCUCACAAAUUACUGAGGAACAAUUUAAAGACAAAAGACCUGGUUUCCCAUCUUUAGAAUCAGAAAAUGGAAGAAAACCAUUACCUUGGAGAAAAAUUUUAACCUUUGAGCAAGCAGUGGCAAGAGGAUUUUUUAACUACCUUGAAAAACUGAAGUAUGAAUACUACCUCAAGGAAUCCUUGAAGCAGAUGAAUGUUGCUGAAGAUUUAGAAAAAGAAGACCUUGAUAGUCGAAGAUACAGAUACUUGGAUGAUGAUGGAUCUCUCUCUCCUAUUGAAGAGUCAGCAGCAGAGGAGGAGAUUGCAGCAAACCUUGAACAUGAUGAAUGUGAUAUUAAGUUGGUGGAGAAUAGUUAUUUCAUAAUAAGUUCUGAAUUUCCAAAGAAGAAGAAUGUAUAUUUGGAUCAAGAGGAAUAUACUGAAGAAACUGCUUUGCUUAAAAAGAGAACAUCAAAAUCUAAACACUGGACAGAGGACAAAGUGGGCUGAAGAGAGAUAGGAUUAUAAAUACCAGACAAGGCUUUUAUCUUCGGAAUACAGUGUCUGGAUUUUCCAAAGGUAUUGGCAUAUCCCAAUGAUCUCUGUCAAGUUCUAGGGUGUGAUAACAUAGGAAUUAAUAUCAUUUGAACUUGAUAAGCUUUUAGAGAACUAGACAUCCCAUCUCCUGACCCUAAACAGGAACCUAUAGUGAACUGCUUGAGGAAAUUGGAUCUUAAAGAUUACAGGUGGCAAACUUUGAAGUGCACUCCACUGAAGAUCAGAGAGGCCCAACUAAAACAGCUGUGGCAAGUAAUUUGUUCUAUCUGUCAGGUUUUGAUGGUCAUUACCAAGGCUUUUAGAAUGCAGUUUCUCAUUUGCUGUGGACAUGACCGUAAAACAAAAUCCCAACUAGGUUUUUCUUCCUGCUACUUUGUUAGCAUUCAGCCUGUUGGGAACAUUUUAUUAGCUUUAAUUAACACUUGUGAAGUUUAGCACUGUUCUAGUACCCAGACAUUGGUAGCCUAUGCCUAGCAUGGAACAGUCUAUGCCUAGAUUUCUGGAGUUGUUUUCUAGUUGACUGGGGUAGCUGGCUUCAGAACUUUACGUGAGCAUCUCUGAAAAUGAAACCUUUAAUAUUUCUGUUAUACAGGCAUCACAGCUGUGGAUUGAGCAGAACUUUUUGUAGGGCUGCCUUGAAGGUGACAACUUUGGAGGAACUAUGGUGACUGGCAGUGGAAAGAAUCAGGACGUGUGAAAAUCCUUAAAAAUUUAUUGACUUAAAUAAUAAUGUUAUGAAUAAAAAGAAACCUUUGUGCAGAAA